CGGCAGCGGCGGAGCCAUGCUGAUGUCAGAUUUUUCCUCUGCCCUCCGCGGUGGGAGGAUCUUUGUGCGUUGAGUCACGCAGCUGUCAAAGAUAGCUGUCACCCAGUUUCAUGAUCAAACACACACUCAAUGAGAGGGGCUUUGGCUAAGUGAGGCGCACCAUCUCAGGUACCCGAAAGUCGCCGACAAAAGAAGCGGAAAACACGACGAAACAGAGGAGGGGGGAGAAAGGAAGAGGUUUUUUUUUUUUUUUUUUUAGAUGAACAAGGAAUUCCGACUAUUUGGAUAUACACGUUGCGGGGGAAUAUCUGGAGAUUUUUUUUCUUGGUGUGUUGUUGUUGUUGCUGCUGCUGCUGUGAGGAUUAAUACCUAACCCGGCUGUGCGCAGCGCUCCGUUCGUGGCUGAAGGGGAAGACGAGAGGGGAUUUCGGACGAAGAUGAAAACGAAAAAAGGUUUGAUGAUGCUGUCGGGAAGUGAGACGGAGGAUGAGGACAGCGUGGACGCCCCACUGGACCUGUCGUCCAGCGCAGGGAGCAACGGCAAGAGGAAACGGCGGGGAAACCUGCCCAAGGAGUCCGUUCAGAUCCUCAGGGACUGGCUGUACGAGCACCGCUACAACGCUUACCCAUCCGAACAGGAGAAAGCCCUCCUGUCAAAACAGACUCAGCUCUCCACACUGCAGGUGUGCAAUUGGUUCAUAAACGCACGGCGGCGGCUCCUCCCAGAGAUGCUCCGGAAAGACGGCAAAGACCCCAACCAGUUCACCAUCUCUAGGAAAGGCAGCAAGGCCAGCGACAGCUUCUCCGACAGUUCCCAGUCUCCCAAGCACGCCAGCACCGCCACGGGAGCCGAGGAGAGCUACGACAAGCGGUCCCUGCACCCCUCCAGCUUCGAACCCGCCACCCCGGGCAUCCUGAGGAAGGCCAUGUCCCCGUCAGCCCCGUCGCCCACCACCACCGCUCACAUCUCCCCCUCCCCGGGGCCGGUGCCCACCCGCCCCUCCGUCAUCUGUCACACCACUGUCACCACGGCCAUGCAGCAGGCCAGCCCCACAGCCGCCCUCCCACCCGUCCCAGCAGCGAACUCCGACAGGGCGUCAGAGCUCCUGCAUUCCUCGCAGGCUCUGGUGCCGGCCAGGUGCCAGGAGGAAGGGCCCGUCGGCAAGCAGGUCCCAGGCACCACCAGCAUCCCUGGCAGCACCAGCAUGGAGGGCAACCUGAGCCCCCGCAGCGGGCUUUUCAACACCCCGCCGCCCACCCCUCCAGACCUCACACAGGACUUCAGCGGCUUCCAGCUCCUGGUGGAUGUGGCCCUGAAACGGGCGGCCGAGAUGGAGCUGCAAGCAAAGCAGCCGGUCUCCUAAAGAAAAAAGGAGUAAAAUGACAAAAGAGGAAGAGGAGGGAAAAAAAAGAAGAUGAGACCGAUUGUGUCUCUCGGCAGUGGAACUCCCCUUCGAGUUCGGUGACUUGUCUGCACAUGAGAGAUCAAACCCACUCUGAAGUCUGAUCAUUUCUAUUUUUUUGGUAUACCAAUCAAAUUGAUGAGGAUGUUUUUGGUUUUUUUUUUUUUUUUUUUUACUGAAAAGGAAAACAAAACAAACAAAAAAAAACAGUAUCGAGGUGCCUUGGCUGUUGUUUAUUAAUUUCAUAUACAUGCGUAUAUAUCUACAUGUGUAUCCUAUUUGCACACAAGGACCAAAAAUGUCAUCAGACAAAUGCUGCCUGUCUUAUGUCUUCACUUUAUAUAUCAUUUUAGAAAGAAGUUGGAGUGAGGGGUAGACUGACGUCUCUCCUCCUGAUGACCAGUCUCAAACGGGGGGGGGGGGGGAGGAGGAGUGGUUGAUUCCACACACGUUUCCUGUUUUACAUUUCAGAGAUCAGUUCCUGAUUGGUCUGCCUUGUUUGUUUGCACACUGUCUGGCAGAGGGAGGUCAUCUCAGUGUCUUAAACAUAACUUUUCUCUUGGCAUCUAUGACAAAACGAUGUUCACUACUGUAGUAAAUAUUAUACGUUUUCAUGAGUAUAGUUUGGGUUUCUUUUUUUUGUUGUAUUUUUACUUUUACUAUUUUAAAAGACAAACUUCUUUUUUUUUUAAAUUUCUUUUCUAGUCAAGAUUCCCAACGAGGGGUAUUUCAGAUGACCGAUGUAGCAGGUUCAUAGUCUGAGCCUUCAUCCCUAAUUACUCAGCGUAGCGACGGCCAGUGGACUGGAAGAACUAACACUACAAAUGUCUCUCCUGCAUUUGCUGUAUUGUACAACUAGACCAAGACAGCGUUUUGAGAUCACCAAAAACACAAAAAAAACACAAAAAAACAAAAAAAAAACAAUACAAAAACAUUUUUAUGUACAAUAGGACCAUGUGUAUAGGUAAUGUAACAUGAUGCCCAAUGAUGUGAUUUCUUAUCAUACUGUGCAAUGUUUGUGGCAAGAAAAAAAAAGUGGUCACGUGGGACUUCAAAUUUAAUAAAGUUUUGUUUUUCUACA